CCACAUUAUUCUGCUUUGCCAUUCCCCAUUCGGGUUUGUGAUUUUUUUUGCAUCCCCGUACUCUCAAUUCGCAUUUAGCUUUGAACGCGCGAGAGUACCGCACACACUUGGUCGACAAUCUUCCUUCUCACACUUUUGCUUCGACCGUGAUAUAUUUCUUCCGUUUUUUCCCCAUACAACUUGAGCAAUUUUUUUUGGCGCUGCGCAAUUACCGACGUGCCACAGGUUGUCAUGAAGCCCACUAUCAAGUUCGCAUUGCUGUGCGUUGUGGCGCUUCUUGCUACCGCCACCCGUGUCCCGUAUGCCCAAGCGGCAACGUGUGCCACCGAUGAUUAUGAUGUAUGCGGAAACUGCCAACAGGGCGACUCGGAAACAGCUCAAGGCAGCUGCUGCGUACCUAUUCUUUUACUAUUGUGCGGAGCGUACGACCGCUCGUGCCGGAAACCUUCCCCCAAUUGCUGCUCGGGCUUCUGGGGCUCGCAGUGCACCGACUGUCCCGCUGGCUCGCAGUGCCCGGGAGGCAUCAAUGGCAUUUCCCAACCGUGCGCGCCGGGCACCUUCUCCACUGGCUUUGCUGCUGCAUGCAGUGCUUGCCCGGCCAACCAGUACCAACCCAAGUCAGGAGCUACAUCGUGCGUCGCCUGCCCAAGCUUCUCGACCAGCACCGAAGGCUCUGCCAAAUGCACGUGCAACGCAGGGCGGUAUGGCAUCAACACCAACACCACGAACAUGUCCUGCUCGGUGUGUGAGCCUGGUUUCCAAUGCAGCAACAGCAUCCGCACCGCUUGCCCGGCAGGUUCGGUCCAGCCCUCCAGCGCGGGCUCGAGCUGCACGGCUUGCCUCGUCAACCAGUACCAAAAUGCCACGGGACAGACAAGCUGCAAGCCUUGCCCUACUUUCUCAACCUCAUCCAGCGGCGCUGCUCGCUGCACCUGCGAUGCCGGCCGCUACAUGGUCCAAGAUACGUGCCAAGCUUGCGAACCAGGCUUUUAUUGCCCCGGCGACAACACCCGCUACGCUUGCCCCGCAAACACGUACCAGGCCUCUUCGGGCAGCUCGUCGUGCCCUGCAUGCCCGGACUUUUCGACCUCCUUUGCCAAUUCCGUUGUGUGCACGUGCGAUUCAGGCCGGUACCUCGACGUCGACUCUGGCAUGUGCGUGACCUGCCCCGCUGGCAGUCGCUGCGCCACAAACAGCAACACCCGCACUCUGUGCUCUGCCGGUCAGUACCAGGACGAAGUGGGCCAAACGAGCUGCAAGGUCUGCCCAGACUCGAGCUGGUCGACCGCCAAUGCCACCGGCUGCACCUGCAAUGUCGGACUCUGGAUGGACGGUUCCUCCUGCUCCAGCUGCGCUGCCGGCAAUCGGUGCAUCGGAGACAACUUGCAGCAUUCAUGCGACAUUGACACGUACCAGGACCAGGCUCAGCAGUCUACGUGUGCCAGCUGCCCCGUUGGCUCGACCGCAACCAGUGGCUCCUCUGGAUGCACAUGCGGCGCCAAUUAUGCAAGCUCUGGUGCUGGCAGCACACUGCACUGCACACUCCUCGGCGCCCUGAGCGUUGCUCCAAUGUCACGACUUGUCUAUGCCAACGAGGGCGAUUUCAUCACCUUGGUCUUUUCCAGCACUGUCACAGAGUCCGACGCCAACUGCACCGUGCUUGUCCUCGGUACCAGCUCUGCCCUCGCCGGUCACGACUACAACUUUGAGUCGUCUCUCACGCUCUUCUUUGACCGAGCAAGUGGCAACGGUGCAACUCUCAACCUGACCAUCCCCGCCAACAACCUCGCUCGCCCGCGCACGAAUCUCUACUUGCGACUGGCAAAUCCCAACGGUGCAAUCUUGGACACGUUCACCGAUGUGCACAUUGCCAUUCAGGCCGCCAACAUUCCGAGCGGAGCCUUCGAGUUUUCAGCGUCCAAUCGCACCAUGACCGUGGCCCCCUUGGGAUCGGUCGUCCUGACUCUUGAGCGGAUUGGUGGAAGCGACGGCACUGCGCAAGUGUCUGUGGCGCGCUCUGACUCGCAGCCCAACCUCGUCUUCAACUUUGCCAGCGGACAGACUGUGUGCCGAAUUUCGAUGCCAAUCUCCUCCAAUGACCAGCCUGCGCUCGGCUACAACAUUCAGCUCAGUAUUGCGUCCGUGGUCACGAGUGUUCUGCCAAGCGAAAUGGGAACCUUCUCUAGUGCCGAGCUUGUGGUUCAGGACACUGUGGAUGCCCAUGGUGUGCUGGCCUUUUCUGCCGCGUCCUUCACGGGAUCGGAGGAAUCGGGUGCUGUGGUUGUGACAAUCACUCGCGCUCGAGGGCUCUUUGGCUCUGUCUCUGUUCGCUUGACGACCUCUUCCGGAACGGCGCUCGAAGGAUCCGACUUUGUUGGGCUCGACACAACUAUCGUGUUUGACGCCGGUGUCAGCUCUGUUUCGACCGCCAUUACAGUGAUCGACGACACCAUUCCCGAGCUGGCAGAAAACUUUGUUGUCGCCUUAUCGUCACCCACUGGCGGCGCGAUUCUCUCGAGCAGCAACCCAAUCCAGACCGUCUGCACCAUUAGCGAAAACGACGACGCCCGAGGCGUCCUUUCGUUCGAGAGGGCAUCGCUGACUGUCGACGAAAAUGUCGGCCAAGCGGUUCUCACCGUGCUUCGAACCGGCGGCGCCUUUGGAUCGGUCACGGGCUUUGUCUUGACGGUCUCUGGCACGGCUACCGCAGGUACUGACUUUGUAGCACUCCCGUCCUUGCCUGUUGUCUUUCCUGAAAAUGUCACAGCCGUCAACGUGAGUGUGACCAUUCUCAACGACGACCUUCCCGAGCUGGAUGAGAGCUUUGUUGUGUCGCUCAGCAGCAACGGUCUUGGCGGCGUGCGCAUUGGAGCGCAGGCUUCCACCACUGUCACCAUUCGAGCCAACGACAACUAUGCCGGCCUGUUCUCGUUCGACACGGCCGGGGCUUCCGCUGACGUGGCUGCACGAACGACCCUUUUUGAAGGCUCCUCCUUCAACAUCACCGUACUGCGCAACGCUGGGUUGUUUGGCGCCCAGUCCCUGACCGUCAAGUCGGUGUAUCCAUACCCAGAGACCUCGGCCGCAGAUGUUCUCAUUGACAGCCAGCUGGACUUUGCCGACGGAGAGCGCAUCAAGGUGGUGACAAUCACAGUGCCAGACCAAGGCGCGGGCGAGCGACCUGCACGCCGAUUUGACUUGCAGCUCAGCCUUGCAGUGGGCAGUCUUGCUACGUUGAGCGGCGCAUCUGCGUACAUGGUCAUCGAGCCCGUCUCCACCGUCGGGGGCGUCGUUGGCAUCACCGUGAACGGAUCAUCCCUCAUUGCCGAGGGCUCGAAUGUGACGUUGACCAUUGCCCGCACGCCCAACCCAGUCACAGGCACGUUGCCCGUUUCCGUGUACUACCGAACCGUUUUUGGAAAUCCUUCCUCGGUUGCGGAUGGCACGGACGCCGAUGAUCUCCAAGUACAGCAAGGGCUGGUCACAUUCCAACCAAACCAGUACAGCACCACCAUUCAAGUCACAACCAUCCAGGACUCGCGCCCAGAGCAAGACGAAAUUUUCUAUGUUGAGCUGUUCGACGUUUCUGGCAUGUUCAUUUCUCAAGCCCACGGCCGUGUGGCUGUCACGAUUGCCGCCAAUGACAACGCCUACGGCGUGGUCUCGUUUGCGAAUCACACGCUAACGGCCGUGUUCGCGCAGGGCUGGUUGCGCAUUCCAGUCGUCCGUACCGGCGGAGUGUUCCGUGAUACGCAGGUGACGAUUGAACAAAACGCCUACGCUAUUCGCAGCGCAGAUGAUCAAGGCCGAGAGGGCUCAGCGCGCGACAAUCGCCAGUUCGUGAUGACGGAGACCUCCGUCACAAUCCCGGCCGGCUCGAGCGAGGCGAAUUUCAACCUUUGGCUUUUGAACCCGACCGACCUCCAGCAUACCGUCUACUCGUUUACUUUGAACAUCACUGGCGCGACGAACGGCACCGUUCUGAGCAAUGGCGAGGACGAACUGAUUGUCACUGUCGAUCUCGUUGUGCCCGAAGCGGCCAGCUCCCAACCAGUUGCACUGAUCAUGGGUGCAACUCUGGGCUCGUUGCUGGUGCUGUUGGCCCUCGGCCUUCUCUUGAUCGCAUACUGCCGUCGUCGCGAACCGAAGAUUACAAACAAGUCUUCCGGCAGCCUCACGCACACGCUGGACACGAGCUCGACAAUCUUGGACUUCCAGGCUACGUUUGACCCCGUGUACGCCGUGGCCGUUCGUCAACCCGUCCUCCAUUCCACCAACGAGAUGAUUUCCACACUGCCUGCCUACGCUAUGGCGAUUCGCAAGGCCGACCGCUCCGUUCCAGUUGGCUAUGAUGUGUUACAGCCCGUGCCGGCCCACGCGGCCUCCCCUUCCGCAGCUGGCUACGCCCUCUUGCAAGGGGCUACGGAGGUUGGCGGCUAUGCCAUCUUGCAGAACUCCAAGGUGGCCAACGGUCCCCAGCGUACCAUCAGCGAGCGACUGUACGGUGUCGCCAGUUCUGAAACUGGCGCAGCGAGCACCAUCCGCGAAAAUCUCGUUCUGGGCAACCCCAUCGGCGACGGAUUCUUUGGUCAGGUGGUGGCUGGCGUGCUCCCCAUCGUGUAUGCCUCGCGAGACCUCCACCUCAAUCCCAUUGUCGACAGCCCCGAGCACGUUGCUGUUGCUGUCAAGCUGCUCAAGGUCACCGCCAAUGAGAAGGACCAACGCGACUUCCGUUCGGAAGCCUCCAUGAUGGUCCAAUUCAACCAUGCCAACAUUGUGACUGCGAUCGGAGCCCUGCUCGAGCAGCAGCCCAACAUGCUCGUCCUCGAGUUUAUGCCUUACGGCGACCUUCAAACCCUUCUUGUCAAGUGCAGCGUUGGCAACAUCACCUGGACUCCGCGCGAAGUGGCGCAUGCCAUGCGACAGGUUGCCUCGGCAAUGGACUACCUUGCGCGCCAGCAGUUUGUGCACCGCGACCUCGCCGCCCGCAACUGCCUGGUUGGCCCAAACCUGACCGUCAAGCUCGCCGAUUUCGGCCUCGCUCGCCGUGUUGACAGCGGAUGCUACCAGCUGCAGACUCGAGGCCGCUUGCCUGUGCGCUGGCUUGCCAUCGAAUCGAUCGGCUACCUCACGUUCACCACCGAGUCAGACGUUUGGUCGUACGGCGUCCUGGGAUGGGAAGUCAUGUCCUACGGCCUCAAUCCGUAUGCCAACCUGCCCUUCGAAGAGAUGCUCCGACACCUCGAAUCGGGAGCUCGCUUGCCGCAGCCCGAUACGUGCCCCGUGCACAUUUGGUCGUUGCUGCGCAGCUGCUGGGAGCCCAAUCCCGCCGACCGCCCCAUCUUCCCGGAUAUUCUCACCUUCUGGGAAGAAGAGGCCAGUGCCACUGUUCAUCAAGAGCUGCGUGAUCUCGGGAAGAUGGUUGCGCAGCAGCAGCAACAGCAGCAGUAGAAGCGAGUGUUUCUAGCUGCUUUCGUUUUUUGCUUUAUUUACAGCCUUUUCGUGGAUAGUUUGUGAAUUCUUUUUUCGAUCGUGAUUUGCGUUUUCCAAGUACUUUUGAGAGUUUGUUUUGUUUUUCGUUUUUACCCCCGGACUAAGCGUUUGAUGCCUUUGCAUUAUUAUUCGAACAUGAACAUGUAGACUAGAACUUAUCGAUAUUACCCAUUAAACCAUCAUUCUUUUCUCA